AUGCAUUGUUACUGGGCCUUUUGUGUUGCUCCAGGCAGCUGGUGGGAUCAUCUUUCCUGCAGCCCUCACAGCAAAUGGGCUUCAUGGGCGCAGCAGCUGGGGAUGGCGCCUUGCCCCACUGAGACCAUGUCAGAAGGGCUGCGCAGGGAGCCAGAGCCAGACUGUCCUGUUUGCUGGAACCCCUACAACAACACCUUCCGUACCCCAAAGCUCCUGGAGUGCCAGCACUCUUUUUGCAUCGAGUGCCUGGCACACCUGAGCCUGGUGUCCCCUGCCCGCAACCGGCUGCAAUGCCCACUCUGCCGCCAUCCCACAGUGCUCCCCUUCAACCAGCCCAUCACUGAGCUGCCCACCAACUCAGAUGUCCUGCGGCUGCUCAAACUGGAGCCCAACCAUAUCAUCCUGGAGGGCCGGCAGCUGUGCCUAAAGGACGAGCGGAAAUCACGGUACUUCCUGCGCCAGCCCAGGGUUUAUACCCUCAACCUGGGAACAGAUCCAGGGCCCAGGCUAGGUAGCUCCCAAGCUUCCCCUAGGCCGACCUCCAGCCCCAGCCGCUCUUCCCUUCGGCAGUGCAUCCGCCACCCCCAGUUCCGCAUCUUCGCCUACCUGAUGGCCAUCAUCCUCAGCGUGACACUGCUGCUCAUCUUCUCCAUCUUCUGGACCAAGCAGUUCCUGUGGGGCAUAGGCUGAGGGCUUGGCAAACCCCACAACUGGAGCUCAGAGUUCAACAUCUUCUCAGACAGCAAAAGGUGCCAGGUGACAUCAGCUACUUGGCAUCUGCUCUGGGCAGGGGAGCCCUCUCUGCACCCUCCAGGACCAUCUCUGCAGGCUCUGGCUAAUGAGCUCUGUUCCUGAUCUCUUCUCAGUGAUACACCCAGCCAUACUAGUGGUCUGGCUGCAUCCCAAGACCUGGGGGCUCCCCGGCAGCACUGAGCAUUGUGCACCAACAGCAGCAGAACCUGUAGGAUGUUCUGGAACUGCCCCAUCAGCUGAAGCUCUUUGCUGCCUGUCAUGGGGUCUGGGGCCCCAACAUGAGCUCCAGGGCACUAUGGGAAUACAGAUGCUCAUAGUAGUGGGCAACAGGGCCAUUAUACUGAAUGGCCAUGACUCAAGAGGAGGGGAUGCUGCAAACCCCAGCCCAGGAGGAAUGAGCCAGAACCUUAUGGAAAGUGAAGAUUUCUACAGCCUCGCCUGUGACUCAUCUUCUUGUCUCUCCUGGGAUAAUACCACGGAUCUGGGUGCCACCAAGGAUAACAUGCAGGCCAAGACAUUCAUGUCCACAGACUGACACCAUCUGUUGUGCCAAAGGUCUUCACGGGGGGCUGUGCUUUUUCCAUCUGCUGGAUAAGCAGACCCCUGGCCCACAGCAAAGACCUGCAAGAAAUUUAAUCUUUUGUCUUUUUGAGCUAAUUGUUGCACUUUUUGUUGUGUUGUUUACAAUCAAACACAUUCAGCUCCUGUGCCAGGGUCCCAGCUCCUCCUCUGCUCUCACCCCUCAACCUCACUUUCUUUUCCAGAGGCAAGAAAAUAAAUGUGAACGGUUUCCAUUUCCAUGGGGCAGACAUGGAUUGCCUGAACAGAGAAAGCACCAGUGUCUGUCCUAUUUCCUUGUCCUGCCUCUGGAUUAAGGCCAGUGGGUUCAGAUUGCAGCAGCUCUGUUUGAAGGGCAGCAUGGGGAAGGCUGUUCCAACUCCUCAGGUUUGCACUGACAUGUGAUUCCUUGGCUGUGCCUGUUCUACACCAAGAUGGGCUCAGUAGCAGUGACAGUGUUCCCCAUUGUGUACCUGGCUGACAGCUGGCAGGAACUGCAUGGUACUCUCACUGUGGGUAACUAGUCCCCAGGAGUGCUCAGUAUCUACACAGCCUGAGCAGCUUUGUUUCUUUAACAUUUACUCCAUCAGCCCAUCAUAAGUUGUGCUUUAGUCAUACUGAGCAACCCUGGGCCUCGCUAAUGUGGAUGGGAGACCUUUAAGGAAGCAAUAGCCAUGAGCCAGUCAGGGGUCUCUUCCCUUUGCCUCAGCACUCAACCAGUGUUCUGGAGGUGCUGUCUUUACCAGGUGAGACCUCAGGUCCCAGGCAGUCAAUAAAGAGCAGGUGUGGCAGCCACUGGCCACAUGCCAGGUGGGAUAAUUACAUUCUGUUUCCUGCAGUAAGAGUUAUGGAAGUUUGGCCUCAUGUCCUUCCCCAGACUGUUGGGGAAGUUUACUGUGUGCUGUCAUGCAGUAGGUGUGUUUCACCUCAGAGUUGGCUGCAUUUCAGGGGUGGGAGCUGCAAUCCAAGAGGUAGGAACAUAGUUGCAUCAAUGCUGGAAUUCAACUGCCACAACUGGGGAAGGAAAGGGCCCCACUUUUAACAGUUUGUUCGGCCAUCAGAAAAGGCCUUGGCCUGCAGACAGUGUCAUGGGGAAGAGGGUGGAGCUUCCUUCUUGCUGCAGGCUGUACCCCACCACCCCAUUGGUGGCUCAAGUCUCCAUCAUAGCAGGCAAUUCCUGUUGAUGUGAGAAAGGGGGCAGGUAACAUGAUGAUGGUACCCAUCGCUCCUCUUGGCAUAUUAACCCAUCCCUUCUGCUGCAGAGACUGACAAGUCUGGACUCCCGUGUGGGGAACGACAGCCUGAGGAUGGGGUGAGGCCAGGAGGAGAAGAGAAAAUAGAAGCUAGAGUCACUAAGGAAACUAUAAGGGACUGGAUGGCUUCGGAGUGGAGGCUGCUGGUUUGGAUCCAGGUGUUACCAUCUGAGAGCUGGCAUGGGCCUCUCUACAAUGAAUUCCAUGAUCAGCAGGCAGGUGGCUACAUUUAUUUAAUAAAGCAAGUCCUGCUAGGUCAGAGUCCAGCUAGACCUCAGUCUGUUCCAGCAGCAGCUCCUUCUGCUAGCACCUCUAUCUAAGGUCACUGUAGCUGAUGCAACCCAGAGGAGGGACAGGGCUGGGUAGCUGAAGGGAACUCAAAUGAUGUAUUGCUGCUCAAUCAAGUGAUUUCUAUUUGCCUGUAAACUACAGUGUAACCUUGUUUAAGGUACUGUCCAGAAGACCAAACAUCGGUUGCUUAGUAAAGAUGGAUCUUAAAAGAGCAAAUAAAUUGCACUGGAUAGCU